GCUGUGCGGCUGCAGCCAGGCAGGCAGCGUGGACAGCCCGCCUUCGUGCAACCCCGACUCGGGCGUGUGCCGCUGCAAGGCCAACGUGGAGGGACGCCAGUGCGACCGCUGCAAACCCGGCUUCUUCAACCUGCAGCGCGACAACGAGUUCGGCUGCACCCCUUGCUUCUGCUUCGGCCACUCGGCGUUGUGCCAGAGCGCGCCCGGUUACUCGCGGUACAGCCUGAUCAGCACCUUCGCCAGAGACAAGGAGCAUUGGAAGGCGGCGGACAUUCAUGGGCGCAGCGUUAACACCCGCCACGAGUACGCCGCCCACCACUUGGCUGUGGUGGCACCCGGAAAAGAAGCCGUCUACUUCCUCGCACCAGACCGGUACCUCGGCGACCAGCGCGCCUCGUACAACCAGAACCUGACGUUCACUCUGCGCAUCGGCGAGGAGGGCCCGCAGUCGUCGGUGGAGGACAUCGUACUGGAAGGGGCCCACGGCAGCGUGUCGCAGCACAUCUUCGGCCAAGGCAACGGGCUGCCGUCCAUACGCAACCUGGAGUACCGGUUCCGCCUGCACGAGGACCCGCGGUACGGCUGGAACCCGACGCUAAGCUCGCGGGAGUUCAUCAGCAUCCUCUCGAACCUGACCGCCAUCCGGAUAAGGGCCACCUACGUACCACGAGGCACGGGCUUCAUCGACAACAUCCAGCUCCAGUCUGCGCAGCGUUCCGCCUACGGCACCGAGGCCGCCACCUGGGUCGAGAUGUGCAACUGCCCCGAGGGAUACGUGGGCCAGUUCUGCGAGUCGUGCGCGCCCGGGUUCCGGCACGACCCGCCGCGCGGCGGGAAGUUCUCGCGCUGUGUGCCCUGCAACUGCAACGGCCACGCGCUCAUCUGCGAACCGGACACCGGGCACUGCAUCUGCCAGCAUAACACGGCGGGCGAGUUUUGCGAGCGUUGCGCGCCGCGCUACUACGGCAACGCGCUGGCGGGCACCCCGGACGACUGCCAGCCGUGCCCGUGCCCCGACCAGGGCGCCUGCGCCGUCCUGCCCGACGAGAGCGUCGUCUGCCUCGAGUGCCCGCAGGGAUAUUCCGGGCGGAGGUGCGACCUGUGCUUCGACGGACACUACGGUGACCCACAAGGAAACUUCGGGUCCAAGGUUCCCUGCAAGAAGUGCGAGUGCAACGACAACAUCGACCCCAACGCUGUGGCCAACUGCAACACAACGACUGGCGAGUGCCUGAAGUGCGUCUACAACACCACCGGCUUCAAUUGUGAGCGCUGCCUGCCCGGACACUUCGGAGACGCGCUGUCCGUGCCCAAGGGAGACUGCAAGCCGUGCGACUGCCACCGGCUGGGCUCGAUGGAGGGCUCCGAGUGCGACCCGCGCUCGGGCCAGUGCGCCUGCAAGGCGAACGUGGCGGGCCGCCAGUGUGGCCAGUGCCGCGAGGGCUACUGGAACCUGCAGAGCGGCGACGGCUGCGAGGCCUGCAACUGCAACCUGAUCGGCUCGUACAACCGCACCUGCGACCAGCGCACGGGACACUGCCAUUGCCGGCCCGGCGUCACCGGAAAACAGUGCGACCAGUGCCUGCCGUACCACUACGGCUUCUCGCCUGACGGCUGCGUGCCGUGCGACUGCGACAGCCAGGGCUCGGUGUCGCUGCAGUGCGCCCCUGACGGCCAGUGUGAGUGUCGACCAAACGUGGAAGGUCGCCGCUGCGAGCGCUGCAAGGAGAACAAGUACAACAAGGAGGCCGGAUGCGUCGACUGUCCGACGUGCUACAACCUGGUUCAAGACGCCGUGAACGAGCACCGGGACAAGGUGGCCGAGCUGGCGCGCCUGCUGGACAACAUCGAGAAGAACCCGCAGAUCGUCAAGAGCGUCGACUUCGAGGAGAAGCUCGAGCAAGUGAUGACCAUCGUGAACGGCCUGUGGAAGGACGCCAAGCAGGCAUCGGGCACUGGCGAGAGCCUGGCCGAGCGACUGGACGAGCUCCUGCGGCGCAUCAAGAAGGUGCAGGACAUCGCCGGCAAGAUUGGCCUCGAGAUCGCGCUGGCCGAGGACAUCGUGGAGGGCGCCGAGCGCAACAUGACCAGCGCCGAGGCGGUCGUCGAGCGCAUCAAGUCCACGCUGAUGCAGGCGCAGAAGUACCUCGAGGAUGAGGCGCAGAACGCGCUCAAGCGGGCGCUCGAGCGCUCCGACCGCUACGGCCAGCAGUCGGAGAUGAUGUCGCAGAUCGCGCGCGACGCUCGCCAGCUGGCUGACCGACACGAAAGUGACGCCCAGGAGAUCGCAAACUUGGCUGCGGAUGCUCUCAACACUUCCAUGGAGGCCCGGGCCAUCGCCGAAGGCGCGCUCAGCACGCAAGACAAGACAGAGAGCGAGAUAUACCUUCUCAAGAACAGGAUGCGCGAGAUCAUGGACCUCAUGCUGCGCACUAAGAAGAUGGCCGAGGAGGCCAGGGAGGAAGUGCGCAAGGCGUACGACGAUGCCCUGAGAGUCUUGUCGGAUGCCUCGUCGGUGCAGAUGCCGGAGAUCGACACCGACGAGCUUUCCCGCAAGGCACAAGAAAUCAUCGACGAGGCUGGUCGCAUCCAAAAGGAAGCCGACGAGCUGCUGGCCAAGCACGCCGCCGUCCUGGAGAGGGUGGGACCGCAACGCGAGGAGGCCGAGGAUCUCCUCGCCGAAGCACAACGCCAACAGCAGAUCACCGACGGACUGCUGGCUGAGGUGGACACGGCGUUCGCUAAAGCGAAGGAGGCGGCCGCCGAGGGCGAAAGGAUUCUCGAGGAAGCCCAGAACACGCUCAAGGUGCUCAGAGAGUUCGACGAGAACGUCAAAGCGAGCAAGGACAAAGCGUCGGCGGCGCUGGAACGCGUGCCGGAGAUCCAGGCGCUCAUCGAGGAGGCCGAGAACAAGACCCGGGACGCCCGGGGCGCGCUCAAGGACGCCGAGGCCGACGCCAACGCUGCCAGCGACAUCGCAAAGGAGGCGCAGAGGAUCGCCGAACAGGCGUCGAAGGACGCGAUCAAUGUGCGUGAUGAAGCGGACAACGCUAAGACGUCGGCGCGCCAGUUGGGAGACGAAGCCGAGGACCUGGCGCGCAAAGUCGAGGACACUGAUGCGCGCAUGCGCCAAUUCGAGGAGCAGGCCCGUGGGGACGAGGCACUCGCUAAGGAGGCCCUGGAAAAAGCCAACGAAGCCAGGACAGGUGCGAAGCAGGCCUCGGACAAAGUCAGAGCUGCGCUGGCCACGGUCAACGAAAUCCUCAGGGCCCUAGCGAACGUGGACAGCGUGGACCCAGGCCGGCUCGACCAGCUGGAGCGACGCCUGAUGGAGGCUGAGCGCGAGGCGGAGAAGGCCAAGCUCGACGAGCGGCUGGAAGAGCUGCGCACCGCGCGCCAGCAGCAGCAGGGCUGGAUGCACGACUACGAGGCACAGAUCGAGCAGCUCAAGAGGGACGUGGCCAACGUGAAGGACAUCAGCGACUCGCUGCCCAACCGCUGCUUCCGGCGCAUCAAGCUCGAGCCCUGAGUUCAUCGGACAGGCACGCGGUGGUGCCCCCGUAUAACAGCGGGAGGAGCGGUGAAAGGAGGGACCCCAGUGGGAGAGAAGGACAGGAGAGGAAGGAGCCAACCUUCACGAUGAAAGCGGUAGGACAGAGCUGGCGAGAACGACGACAGACUCCGCCGAAGGGACGUCGUCGGGGAAAAUAGUUUGUGGCGGCGGAACGGCAUCUGGAGAGGUUCUCGAAAUGCAUUAGGGAAGAGACAUUCGUAGCGAUUCGUAUGGUCGUUUUGAAACGGACCGCAUGUGCGUUGUAUGUGUUUCUUGUCUGUUCUUUGUUUUUACUUGUUUUCACCGCAAACAAAGAAAAACAAAAGGAGCUGUCACGUACAUACGUGGACGUCAUGUCUGCGUUUAGUAUGCAUUUCUCUCUCGCCCCGUCUAACGUAUGCAACGGAACUUGGUAGUCCAACGCUGUAGCUCCCUCCGUUAUUGUGUGUCAUUGUGACAGCUAAUAUUGGCAGUCCUCUUAGCGAGACUGCGUACGAUCGGCAUUGGGAAAUCUCGUCGUUUGGAAAAGAAAAACUGGAAAUGCGCUCUUCAUUUCAUGGUUUCUGGGGACCAAUGACGAAGGAGCUUCGUCAAGCUCUGACGCAAUGUGGGGAUACAAAGUCGAAAAGCACCACGAAGUGCAUUAUCAAGUUGGGUGUCUUUUUCUUUUCAUUUAUAAUGAGAAAAUAUCAUGAGAUAGCUGCGAAAUCGAUAAUUUUAAACCUUGUUUCUAUACGUGAACGAGGAUGCGUGCAAAAAGAGCCUAACAAUAAUCACUGUCUACUGGUAACCUUUUACUAGAAAAACAGUGCUCUUCAUGAUGGCUUGCAUGUCUAGCCUACGCCAGCGAGAAGAGAACGAGGUCCACCGCUGAUAGUCAUUGUUGGUUACCUCGUCAAGGGAGGAAUUAGCGUCAUUAUUGCCACUGAUAUAGAAAACACAAAGAAGUGUCCUUACUUAACGGAAACGGCGUUUUGGAAAGAUAGGCGCUGCCGGGCAACGAACAGGGUGGAAGGAUGCCAUAAUGAGUCAGAAAAUGAUUUUUUUUCCAGCAUUACGUGAUCAAACAGGUCAAGGAAGCUAACGGAUCUGGAUUAUGUUGUCCUCUUCCCUAAUAGUUUCACACUGCAGUGCUGUGAAAAGUCUUACUCUAAGCAAAAAUUAUUCGCACAUAUAAUCAACUUUCGACCAGACAGGCUACGCUCCCUGCCUCGUUCACCAAAACACCGCUUACUGAUCUGCUAUGAAUGUGGGUGGUCAAAAAGGAGUUCGUCAGUUACAUCACCUUCAAAGAUAUAUUGUAUAUCUACUUAUUUCUUAUUCCCAGGUCACAAGCAAAAAGAAAAAAAUGCAUAUAGAACAUCCCAUUUCACUCAAUCACAUGACUGUGUUUCAUAUGUGCCUUUCUCUACACUGCGGCGAACGAGCUAUUCAGGUCCGUGAGGAAUAUACAUCUUGGAAGUAUUUCUGUGAAGUAAUGCCGCGGACGAGGUAGCCUAGAGUCCGGUUUCUCCUAGGUGGAGCGUAUAUCAUGCUUAAAUGCUGUGUAUGGGAAAAAAAACACCUCUUGCGACCUUAAAGUCCUCCGUUGUUCAUUCGUCGCAAGUCGCUUAGUCAACAAUCGACGCGAACCACGAGGCGUAUAGAGCGCGAGCUUCACCCAGGCUCCGCCCAUAGUCGUACGUGCUAGCAGUACUAACAAUCUCGAGUGGAUGCAUUUUCGCCUCAUUUCAGAAACUGAAUUUGAAGGAUUUAAGUUAUUGCAGUCGUCCUCCGCGAGAGCUGUGCAUAAUCACAUUUCAAACUAUGCUUACCCUGCACCCUGUACACGUCGUAUCCAUAUCGUGCGAGGAACGACGCUUUCCUACGACGAACUCCGCCGCGCGCAAAAAAAAAGGGCGCUGCUCUUCAACGUGACAAGCUGCAAUAAAACCACCACUUUGUUAUUACUCUCUGCUUGGGCAGGCGAACAUCAUGUGUACAGAGUGCAAUAGUAUACUAAGAGAUUGUAGGAUGCAUCUCAUUUUCUUUGUUUGUUCUCUGCAUUUUGUAUAACCUUUCGGACAUAUUACGAUUAAUUUUGUUUUUGUGACUUGUUACUCAAAAAAAAAGAAGUCAUUGUAAGAGAUCAAAAAGUACUGGUUGUUUUGAGACUGCCACUGUGUGCUAAAUGCCAAACUGAAACCAGUGCCAAAGAGUAUGUCCCUUAAUUUUUUUUUCUCGUCAUGUGUGCAUUUAAUAAAGAGCAAUUAAACCCGU